UCCAGGUGGCGCAGCCAUACAAUCGACGUUGACGUCACUGUGGCGUCAUUUCUCUGGGUUCCCGGAUGAAGACGUCACGCAGCUGUUCUGUGGAAUAACAAGGUUUUUUCCUCGGGACAUAUCUAGAUGCUAAACAAUUUUCCCCUUUAAAAAGUAACUUAAUUAGGAAUUUUAAUAUGUCUACACCAGCUAGGCGAAGACUCAUGCGGGACUUUAAAAGGUUACAAGAGGACCCGCCAGCGGGAGUGAGUGGUGCGCCGACGGACAACAACAUCAUGAUCUGGAACGCCGUCAUAUUCGGCCCCCACGACACGCCCUUUGAGGACGGCACCUUCAAGCUGACGCUGGAGUUCACCGAGGAGUACCCGAACAAGCCGCCCACGGUCCGCUUCGUCUCCAAAAUGUUCCAUCCCAACGUGUAUGCGGACGGCAGCAUCUGCUUGGACAUUCUUCAGAACCGGUGGAGCCCCACAUACGAUGUGUCUGCCAUCCUCACAUCCAUUCAGUCCCUGCUGGACGAGCCGAACCCGAACAGCCCGGCCAACAGCCUGGCGGCGCAGCUGUACCAGGAGAACCGGCGGGAGUACGAGAAGCGGGUGGCGGCCAUCGUCGAGCAGAGCUGGCUCAACUUCAACGACGACGACGACAAGGACGCCAAGAAGGACGCCUCCUAGCCUCCUGGCCCCGCCCCCCACCCCCACUCCCCCCCCUCCCCCCACCCAAGAGAGAGAAGGACUGGACGACCAGAGUGUCCUGGCUUGCACGGAUUAAAAGACCGGGGACCGUUCCCCCUCCCCCUUUCUGCCCCGCCCUCCCCCGGCUUUUCGUUGGCGUCGGUUAGGGACGUCGCUAGCAAGAGAGGCGCGUGCACCUACCAAAGCGAGAGGCCCAAGAGCAAGGCGCCGGCAUAGUGUUCGCGCCACGAUUCCUUUCCACGUUCCACCUCGGUCCCUCCGGCGAGGCUCGCCGGCACGGCAAGGUGGCGAUGCGCGACCUGGCCGUACCGACGGGGCUGCCGGUCGGAGCGCUUCCGCGACCUCGGGGGAUGCCCGGAAGGGUCACGCGUUCGUACCCACGUCGUCCGCGGCGUCAUCGGACGUGUCGGGGACCGGGCCUUCAAGCGCCAAAGUGGUCGUCGCCGUCUCGCGCCGCACCGGUUAUCGCGAGCCCCAUUUGGAGUGCCCGGUAUGGUCCCAUUUCCUAACCCCCCUGCCCCCGUAAAUGUUUGCCACAAAGUCGUUCCCUCCUCACGUUUGGGAAGGGCGUUUGUCCGCACACGGCACGAAUCGGGAUCUAAAAGCUAGGCCGCGGCGGAGUCGACCGUGUGCGACGGGAAAACGAGAGCGAGGAAACCGGUCGCUUUGUUCAUAGCUUUCCUCCCCCGCUUGGUUCCCGAGUCUCGAGUUUGGUUGGGCAGUUGAGACAUCCGCUAUUUUCGGUCGAGAGCCCUCGGCUCGUGUGUAUACUACCGUCAUUGUUUAUAUCCAGAAUUUGUCGACUUCUACGCUGGCACAAUAAAAAAUGCAGCCCGAGAAUGAGCGAAAAUGUA